GUGCGAGUGUGUGUAAGGGAGGACGUGCAGUGUGUGAGGAGACAGUUCUCAGAGGGGAUUUACCGCACUGACCAUGUUUCUGCUCGACACAGACACGCUGUUUUGCACUAGCAGUCUUCUGGAGGCCGGGUCCGCGGUGAACGGGGGCGAGGAUGCUUCCGGUCAGUCUCCGGCGCACGUGGCGGCUUGUGGUGGGGAGGCCUUCUGUUUGCUGUGGCUGCUUCAAACAGGGGCUGAUCCCAACCAGCAGGACGCUUUUGGGGAAACUCCAGUGCAUAAAGCAGCCAGAGCAGGAAGUCUAGAGUGCAUCAGUGUUCUCGUGGCUAGCUAUGCACAACUUGAGAUCCGUAACAGCGAGGGCUUCACGGCGGAGGACGUGGCCUGGUCCGCCGGUCGCGAGCGCUGUGGAAAUCUUUUGCGAAUGCUCCGGAACAAUGGACAGACGCUUACGUCCACAGCACCGGGCCGCAAACGGGCGCGGGAACACACGAGCCUGGACGCCGUAGAUGGAAAGAAAGCGAAGGACUGGUGAAGGAGGACGAGGAGGAGGAGGAACAAGAACUUCGUGGCAAUGAGGCCCAUUUCAGUCAGGCCUUUGUGUGCAUGUUAAAGGCAGAGUUUUGUCCAAAUUGCUGACAUGCUAGGAAAUGAGUGGAAGGUAGCAGUACAGGGUAGCUUUGUUUGAUGGUAAGCAGGUAUGUCUUCAGGACACACUUGAGGCCUUUUUGGGCCCAUUUUCUGGGCCCAAAAUACUGAUUAAGCCAGAUUAAGUGAGCCAAGUGCUGAACUAAAUUACAAUGCUGAUGGUGAAUAACCAUUGGAAAUAGUUCUUAGUGUUGGCUAAUGGCUUAAUCUGGAGCCAAAAAAACCUGUAUUUAAAUUAGAGAUGGGCACGGUAGUCGACUGAGCACUUGUACCCACCUACUUGGAAACAUUUCUCAAAAUAUAUCUAUAUCUAUUAUUUUCGCUGCUGUCGGAACAAAACCUUGUAUCUCCAAAUUGAGAACUUUACAGGAGAAGGAAAAACAUACGAUACUUUUAAUGUAAGUCAAUGGAACCAGAAUGUUUUGCAAGUCAUUUUGGGCCGUUUCUUUUGGUCCGUUCAUCAUGAAAUUUACACACAAUGUAAAGAACAACCGACAUUUUCAAAUUAGGUCAAAAACUGAAAAACGGCAAAAAUGGAGAUACAAGGUUUUAUCAUGGAGCUGUGCUCGUUUUGCUUGGGUAACUUUCCCGUAAUUCUCACCAGCCAGACGUCUGGCUCUGAACGGCCCACUGUUGUCACGGUAUGCAGGCAAAUUGGCCACAAAAUGACCUGAAAAUGCCCGUCGCUAGUUUAAAUCUACAGUAACUUCUGCAGUUGCAUCAGUAGAGCAGAUCUGUCCAGUUCAAGGCAAGUUCAAUUGGGGAUCAACAGCUUCUUCACAGAUGAACAAGCAGAACUGUGAGACUGUAUCAACCAAACAACCUCAGCUUCAAAGCAGCCCUCUGAGGCUAUUACAUAAGACACUGUGCACUAGGACAGUAAAACAGCUGGUUUCAGAUAAUGACGUCCAGUUAUUUGAAAUCUAAUCAGGUGGUGAGUUAAGCUGAAUAGGAUAGGCGUAGACAGAGUGUAGUGCCAUGCACUCUUUAAAAAAGGGUUCUAUAUAGAACCAUGAACACUCAAAGAACCCUUUGCAUGAUUAAAGCGUUCUUCGCAUCAUGUUCUUCAGAUUGAUGGAGAAAUGUGCAGGAAUGUGCAGUAGAUGGUUCUACAUAGGCUACGUUCACAGGCCUCACUGCUCAGAUCCGAUCUCUCUGACACGAUGGUUCACACUCGUUUAGGUAAGUGACUCAAAUCUGUCAUUAAUGUGACGAACCGGCGUCCUGAAAUGACCCUCAUGAGCUCAUCCUACUCAGUGACGUCACGUGAAUGAAUCACGUGCAUCAUCAGCACAAACUAACGAGCAGAACGAGCUUCGCUGAGAAGAUAAUUAACUCUGAUCAGCUCUCAGCUUCAUUAUUAGAGCGAGGCGAAGGAGGAAAAGGUGCGAUGAGCUGCUUUUCCACCGUUUACAGGCUUUAACUUCUGUUCGGCGCUGCUGCCAUGGUAACGCUGAAUGAUGGCGCAUGCACAGUGGAAAAAAAGCACAUGAAUUCAGAUCUGAGCAUCACAUUAAGGUCGCAUGGCCACGAAUCGGAUACGUAUGUGAUCCAGGACCACGUAUGAAAGUGGCUCAAGACGGAUUUGAAAAGAUCAGAUUUGUGUUCAUACAGCUCUGAAAACAUCAGAUCUGAGUCACAUUAGGGCAGAAAGUCGGAUUUGUGCCACUUCAACCUCGUAAUGUGAACGUAGCCAUAGAACCGUUUUGAAAAGACUUCCAUUGUUACAAGCUUGACACCUUAACAAUAGAAGAACCCUUUGGUGCUAUACAGAAUCAUUUUCAAAAAGGUUCUAUAUAGAACCAUCUACAGCAAAUUCUCCAUUAAUCUUAAGAACCUGUUCAUGAUGCAAAGAAUUCUUUAAUCAUGCAGAGGGUUGUUUGAGUGUUUAUGGUUCUAUAUAAUGGUGUAGAUUUCUUAGAGCAGUGAUUGAGUGCCUCUAAAGGCUCUAAAGACCCCAAAGACCCAAUCAAGAGUUGCUCCAAAAAGCAAGGCGACUACUGGGAUUCAGCAGCACAGGCUGUCAGACAGCAACAGCUGGAUAAACAAACAUUUCAUAUUGAUAUCUGUACCAUGCUGGGAUCCACAGAUGAUUCAACAUGUGUCGUUAGAGUGCAACAUUAAUUGGGCUGCAGUGCAGAUGUGCUGGAGCUGGAGCACCUCGGGUUGGGGCUGUACAGGUGCUGACAUCAUAAACCUGGGAGGAACUUUUCUACUUUUUAAAGAUAAUCUUGUAUAUAUUUUUUACAUUGUUGACAACUAUGUAAAACAUUUUUGUAUGGAAAUGAAUGUUGUGCAUUUCUGAGACUUGACUACAAAGCUGGAUUCAUUCAUUAG